GGAAAAAUAACCGCCGUUCGUUCCAACUCCAACUGCUUUUUUUCGCUUUUCCUCAGGAAAUCACAUGGAGGUGUCGAUGUACUCACAUGACAACCUGGACUAUGGAAGGAGAGAUAAAUGAAGGAUCUGUCCCCCUGUAUUAUCGGGAAGUGCAUCAAGCUAUCAGCAGUAGGACCGACGAACGAGUGCAAAUCGAAGUGUUCCACAGACUUCUCAACAGAACCGAUCUCUCGAUAAACCAACAGAACCAGAUAACAGACCAUAUAGAUCAUGGCGAUGGCUUCCUUAGCAAGGUAUCCUUCUAUAAAGCCUUGGCUUUGAUUGCACUUGCUCAACAAGGGAAGCAACCAAGUCCUAAACUCCUGGAGAACUGCAUACAAGAGUUCCCUAAGCCCCAGCUUGGAGAGCCGAAGGACCUGCAGAACUUGAGGAUGCAGCCAGUUCAGGAGAACCCUCUGCUCCUGUCACUGACCCUGACCAACCUGCUGGGCAAGGACACCAUAAAAGUGGAGCUCAUCCCAGAGAAGAAAGGCCUGUUCCUCAAACAUGUGGAGUAUCAAGUCACUAGUCAGCGCUUCAGAAUUUCAGUCUAUCGGCGGUACAGUGACUUUGACGUCUUCCACGAACUUUUGCUGCAGAGAUAUGCCUACAGGAUGGUGCCUGCCUUACCACCCAAAAGAGUACUCAAGGGAGUCUUGGCCUCAGUGUCAGAGCGAGAGUUCAUUGAGGGACGGCGGCGUGGUUUGGGCAGGUUCCUGAACCUUGUGGGAAGGCAUCCUUUCUUCUCUGAGGAUGAGCUAGUGAAGACCUUUCUCACUUUCAAUGGCUCGGAUGUCCAAACCAAGCUACGUGACGCUUUUAAGAAAAUGGGGGACGAGUUUAUGACGUGUAGAUAUGCAACACAAGCCAAGGAAUACCUCCCUGCAGACAUCCAGUCUCGCUUCUCUGUGAGCAGAGAGCUGAUCAGAAACAUUCACAACAGCUUCCAGAAGUUGCGGGACCGAGCAGAGAGAAUGGCAGAGCGCUCGAAGGAUAAUGCCACAGAUCUACUAAUGUUUGGGAAGGAGAUAAGUGCCCUGGGUUCCGAUGCUUCACCCGUGCCUGUCCUGGACUCUUCAAAAAGCAUGUGGGGGGAUCUGAGACACUCUCUCCGUGGCCUGUCUGCAGAAUUCUCCCUGCUGGCAGAAAAAGCUGCUGAACAGGGAAGAAGAGAAGAAGAUGACGUGGUGGAAAAACUGAAUCUCUUUUUGGAUUUGCUGCAGUCAUACAGAGACUUGUGUGAGCGGCACGAGAAAGGCGUUCUGCACGAGCACCAGAAAGCACUGCAGAAGUACAGCGUGAUGAAGAGGCAGAUGAUGAGUGCAACCGUGCAGCCAAAAGAACAAGUGUCUGUAGAGCAACUGGAGUCCCGCAUUGUCCAGCAGGAGAAUGCCAUUCAGACAAUGGAGCUUCGCAACUACUUCUCGCUGUUCUGCCUGCACCAGGAGAGCCAGCUCAUUUUCACUUACCUUCCCAUCACCUCGCACAUCCUGGGGGCCUUCAUCAACUCCCAAGUGCAGGGGCACAGAGAGAUGGGCCAGGUUUGGAACAACCUUCACUCCAAGCUGAGUGGUCUUUUCACUGGCAAUAAUGGACUCCAGUCUCCUCCCCUCACUCCAAAAUAGGCAGAAGGCUUUGAGGAGGGUGAAGUGGCAAACACAACCCUGCUUGGACUGCCAGAAGCACCUUGGGCAAUUUCCCUUCUUUUAUGUAACUUCCAAAAAACACUACUAUGCAUUUCAUACAGAUGGAAGAGAACUACUCCUCUCUGUUUUUGUACUCAUUUCCACAAGGAUUUGUAGCAUGUGUGCCGAGGACUUUUUGAUUCUUUCAGUGCUUCAUGCUGAGCUUCACACAGAGCUGAACUGAUAAUAUAUUUGGUGGAAAUUAUAGUCAUGAAAUGGCAUCUUAAAUGACAACAGAGAUAUUGGCUAUUGCUUAGAGUACUAUAUGCUACAAAUGUCAAUAUGGAGCUAAGGAUGCUGGCAGAUAUGUAAUUUUCUUAUCACAAAGCAAGAAUUAUGCUUUACAUUGUACAGCAUCAUACUGAUAACACAUUUGGUGUUAUAGGUGCAAUAUUAUCCAUGCAGUAUGCUGAAAAUACUGUAUGAUAAGAUAUUCACGCUUACAGCCAGAGGAGGGCAGUGUUGCUGCAAUGAGUACUUCUAGUGUCCACAUAAAAGACAUUGGUUACUCAAGAAUUACCCCAGACUACACUUGCAAGAGAUCUGGGGGUAAAAAUCUAGAAACAGUGGCACAUUAUGACAAUAUUACUGUUAUAGUCUUUCCUUUAUGAAGCUGGUUAAACCAGAGCAUCAUAUAUUCAUAUUUUUGCAGUUCUCGGUUUCAAAUUUUAUAGUCGACCCCCUUUGAAGGGACUUUUAAGAAGCUAAGAUAAAGGAAAUUAGUUUUAUAUCUGAUAUGUUAGCUACCAGUUCUUCUAACUCAUACUAGACUGUGAAGUAUUUGUAGUUGCUAAGCCUGAGCCCAAAGCUAGAGUACGAGUCUCAACUCAAAGUCUAUUUGCAUAUUAAUGUGGAUAAUAGUAGUGAAAUUAAAGGAAUUGAUGAACCAAAGAACUGUUCUCACAUCUCAUAUUAUGAAGACAUGCCUAAAUUCCUUAGAUUUGAAAUGAAUACACCUCAGGUUGAAAUAUGAAGGACAAUUAGACUAAAAUUAUGGGUGUUAAAUGUUGGAAAUGUUGUUAACUUACAAUUUGUUGUAAUUCAUGAGUCUACAUAGUUCACUAAAGCAGAGAAACAGAUUCUAUAGUUGUGAAUCUAUAUAAUAUAUAACACAGACCAUUAGUGCCACACUAUGUUAUAAUCCAAUAUCAUGAUUCUUCCAUAAAAGCAUCAGCAACAGAUCAUCAGUUUUUCUGCAUAGAUUCAAUAUCUAUUUGCUUUGUAGCACAUUCAUUUUAUAUGAAGAAUAUUUUUGAUUACAUAACUACUCUUUUGCAAACAGAUUGUAUUAACAAUAUCGUUUUGGAUCAACUACACCAUAGAUUGCCCUCUACUGGCAUUAUGGGCAAAUUACAAGAUUUAUAUCUUGUUUAAGGCAUGGAGUGGGGUCACUGAGAGAUGUAAUACACAUUUCUUGGCUGCUUCUGUGCUUACACUUGAUAUAUGUCUUAAUAUAUGUAUUUUUUGCUAAUGAACAAUAAAGCAAUAAAUUGCUUCAGUGUUGUAA